GAGAGAGGAGAGAGAAAGAGAGGAAAAAAAAUCGAAUUUUUGGCUUCUCCGCCCAGUGCUCCGCCUCCUUGCCACCCUCUUUCGAAGUUCUAGGGUUAGGGUUAGGGUUUUGGGGUGCUGCUUAAGCUUUGGUGGAUUCUAGGGUUAGGGUUUGUUGUGUUGGAUUCGUUGAUUGGUGGAAUCGAGUUGGGGGUUUUGAGGAGGGGUUGAUCGGAAUAGUGGGGGAUGGAUGAGGUUUGGGAGAGGGCUGUGGAAGCGGCGCUGGAAGGGCAGGGGGAUUCGUCGACGGCGCCGAGGACGUUGACGCUGGAUGGUGCGGUGAAGUGUGUUCAUGGACGGCUGCCGCCGCCGGCGCUGCUGGAGAGGUUUCAGAGUUUGGAGCAUCUAUCGAUCGCGAACGUGGGGGUUUCGUCGUUGGAGAAGUUCCCGCGGCUGAAGAACCUCCAGCGGCUUAUACUGUCGGAUAAUCGGAUCGCUAGUGGCCUUGAGUUUCUGGUUGAGGCCGGGCUGGAAUCGCUCAGAGACCUUGAUCUCUCCAACAAUCGGAUCCAGUUCUUGGAGGAACUGGCACCGUUGGCUCGGCUCCGGCUUGUCUCGUUGGAUCUCUAUGAAUGCCCUGUUACCAAGGUCAGGGAUUAUAGAUCCAGGGUUUUUGGGAUGAUCCGAACUUUGAAAUAUCUUGACAAGAUGGAUGCGGAUGAGAACGAGAGACCAGAGAGUGAUGAUGAUGAGGAAGACGAUGAGGAGGAAGAUGAGGAUGAGGAUCCAGUUAGCGGCGAGGUAGAUGGUGAUGAUCGAAGUGGGAAAGUGGCAAACGGUGGUAGGAGCACUGCUGGAGAUGAGGGGAUCAUUGAUGCUGAUGAUGAUGAGGAGAGUGAUGCUGAUGAGGAGGAGACGGGUGCUGAAAGGAGAAUAGAGUCCAAUGGGCACCAUUCGAAUGGGUUCAGAGUGGAGCCUGUUAGAUUGGUUGAUGGGGAUGAAGAUGAUGAAGAGGAUGUGGAGGAUGAGGACGAUGAGGAUGAUUUGGGAGAAGAAGUUGAUGAGGAAGAUGGGGAAGAUGAUGAUGUGGUAGAAGUUCAUGAGAUUGAAGAUAGUGGUGAUGAGGAUGAAGAUGUUGUUGAGGAUGAUGAUGAUGAGGAGGAGGAUGUUGAGGAUGAGGAUGGUGAAGAGGAGGAAGAAGAUGUUGAGGAUGAGGAUGAUGCGGAACCUGGGAGCACAGGCAGAGGAAGUGCUGAAGGUGAGAUUGAUGGUCAUGAGCAAGGGGAAGAGGGGGAGGAGGAUGAUAAUGGGGAGAUUGGGGAAGAGGAUGAGCAGGGUGUUGAGGAGAGGGAGUUCGAUGAUGAUGAUGGGGAUGGAGAGGAUGAGGAAGAUGGCACUGAGUACCUUAUGCAGCCAAUACCUCAAGUUGAUGAGUACCUUAUGCAGCCAAUACCUCAAGUUGAUGACGAGAAUGGUGGAAAUGACUUCGAUGGCUGCAACGAGGAAGAUGAGAGCGAAGACGAUGAAGUUGAUGACGAAGAUCACCUCAACAAUGGUGUUCUUCAAGGUCCAUCAUCCUCUUCUCAACCCAACAAGAGGAAGCGAGAUGAAGACGAAGACAGCGUGGAGGAUUUACGGUCAUCCAAGCAUCAGUAAUCCAUGCUCUUUACCACCCCUUGUAGAUGCUUGUUUUCAGAAGGAAAUGGUGGUUUUUUUUUCCCUCUUUUUCCCCCUCAUAGUUCUAUGUAGACUUGAAGAAGCAUUUGCUUAGUUUUUAAAAGACAAUGGAGGGAAUGAAUUGUGUAGAUGGUUUCUUCCCCCCCCUUCAUUCAAAAGUUAGUUGCUUGUUUUUGUCCCCACCUCUCAAUUCAAAUGGUAGUUAGUUAUUAUAUAAAUACAUAUGGGAGGGACUUGAGCUUCCCUCCAAAACAGCAGCCUCUUUGGGGACUUCAAAACUUCAAA